CAAGGAGACAGAGUCAGUGAGAGUUAUAAUUGUUAUCAUGGCACUGGAAGAAGAAGGAAACGUUACUGUAGUUGUCCGAAUACGACCGCAGAAUCAACAAGAACAGGAACAUGAUAACCAGGCAGUUGUGGAAGUAGUUGAUGAAAAUGUUCUGGUCUUUGAUCCAAAGGAAGACGCAAAUGAUGAUAUGUUUUCUGGAGCUAAAUUCAGAAACCGAGAAAUUCCACGUCGGAAAAACAAGGAUCUGAAGUUUGUGUUUGAUAGAGUUUUCAAUGUAACCUCUACACAGCAAGAGGUAUUUGAGUUCACAACAAAACCUAUUUUGGAUGGUGUUUUGAAUGGAUAUAAUUGCUCAGUCUUUGCUUAUGGUGCAACAGGAUCUGGGAAGACCCAUACAAUGUUGGGUAGUGUUGAUCAGCCUGGAGUGAUGUAUCACACGAUGGUGGAACUGUAUGAGAGAAUCGAACAGAUGAAAGAUGAGAAAAUUUGUGAAGUUGCUGUUUCAUAUUUGGAGGUGUACAAUGAACAGAUUCAAGAUCUGCUUGAUCCUAAAGGCUCACUAGCUGUAAGAGAGGAUCCUCAGAAAGGAACGGUUGUCCAGAGACUAAGCUUUCAUCAGCCCAAAUCUGCUAAAGAGCUUUUAGAGAUGUUGGCAAAUGGAAACCUGAACAGGACACAACAUCCAACCGAUGCAAACGCCACGUCUUCACGAUCCCACGCUGUCUUUCAGGUCUAUGUGAAGCAACAAGAUCGAAUUGCCAGCAUCAGCAAGAAUUUGCGGAUUGCUAAGAUGUGCUUGAUUGAUCUUGCUGGAUCAGAGCGUGCCAAUGCAACAAAGGCUCAAGGAGCACGGUUUAGGGAGGGGGCAAACAUAAACCGCUCCCUGCUUGCAUUAGGAAAUGUAAUUAACUCACUGGCAGACAACAAGGCAAAAAGGGCCCAUAUUCCUUAUCGAGAUAGUAAGCUGACCCGCCUCCUUAAGGACUCAUUAGGGGGAAACUGCCGUACUGUGAUGAUUGCCACCAUUAGCCCUUCAGCCAUCAGUUAUGAAGAUACAUACAAUACCCUAAAAUAUGCAAACCGUGCUAAGGAUAUCAAAUCCUCGCUGAAGAGUAAUGUUGUGAGCCUGGACUGUCAUAUAAGUAAAUAUGCAGCCAUAUGUGAGGAACUACGGAAAGAGGUCACACAACUGAAAGAAAAGCUGAAGACCUAUGAGGACGCCAAAUAUAUCGUCUCCAAUUUUGGUUGUAGUCCACUGUUGGCAAAGUCAUCCAGUCACCAUCAGCGCUGGGUGAAGUCUUUGCAGGAGGUUUUUGCUGACCGCCAAAUGAUUCAAAAGAGCUAUUUUGACUUAGAAGCGCUUGCAAAAGAAAUGGAGCUGAAAACAUCCUUUCGAUUACGGGACCAAGAGAGAAUUAAAAUACUGUGCACUGAACAGCGAUUAGAACAGGCUUCCUGUAAAUUUGAACGUAGCCAGGCAUCCUCCAAUAGGCGCCGUGACUAUCUGCUGGAACAGAUGCAGCAAGUCGAAGAAAAGCUCAAAGAGAAUGGGAGCCUCCUGUCUGAGAUGGGGAAUACAAUAAGUUCAGAUGGAAGAAGCCGAUCAGUGCCUCAGGUCUUGAAAUUGAGUUUGCAGAAACUUCUAUUAGAGACUGAAUUGAACAGCUUAAAGCAACACAGCGAAUACAUAACCCAACUGAUGAUACUACAGGAUCGAGACCGUCGACAGACAGAAAAGUUAGUGACUACUCUACUGCAGAUUGUACGUAAACAGUUUUAUACGCUGAAAGAAGCUAACCUUGCAACUGCAGAGACAGUAACACAAUUCAAUGAGUUGGAGCGCCUUGUACGUGGAGAGAAAGCCGUCCUAUGGGCAGAUCAAAUAAACACAGAUGAAUGCAAGGAGAAUCAACAAUCAGAAAUAACCGCUCUUGCUACAUUUUCGAAACUGAACAUUCUACCUGACAAACUUUUUGAAAUUACUGGUUCACCUAAAAAAGAAGAAAUGACUUCACAACCAACUGAACAGGCUCUGUUAAAGACCGGCACACGGAAAAGACUACCUACAAAACGGUGCCUAACAGAGCUUAGGUCACCAGCCAAAUCUCCCCAGCGGGUGCGAUCAUCACCUUUAAAGAAAAGACGAAUGAAAGAUGAGACAAUUUCAUGUAAUCCUGCAACGUCUGAAUUACGUAGAAAACGCAUGAGGACCAGAACUGACCCACUGACCAUUUUGCCAAAAGUGUGCACAAAGGAGAACCAACCUUUUUCAAAUCGGAGUAAUACCCUUGGCAACGAAGGAAUUAACUUUAUGAACUCAGUCCAACAACGUAUCAAGAGAAACUGUCCACUAACUGUUACCAAUAAACGGAUUAUACCUGUCACCGUCACUCCCAAAAGCUGUAAUUUCCCUGUGGCCACGUGUACUUCUAUGACAUCCAAAUGUCCAAAUUUGAAUGAAACCUUUGAAACCACAGAUGCGGGUGAUCACGCUUGCUUAAAUGCAACCAUAACUAUUGGCCCUUCAGAUGUUCAGAGAUCAGAAAUCACUGUGAGCCACAACACUUUCCCGCAGGCCAAGAAUUUAAUUUUGCAGAGGUUGGGGCAGCCACAGAUGUUCACUGCCAGAAAUCCACCAGCCACUGCCACCCGGCCGACAGCACGGCGGAAGAGACGAUCUUUAAGUGGCAUUUCAACCCAUGUCAGUGGCCAGAAUAGAUCCAAGAGGUCACAGGUCUGCAAGAAUCGACCAUUGUCAGCACGGUACUCCAGUCCAAGGUUACGAUCAGUGGGCAAGAAAAGCACAAUCAACAGUGAGUUGCCUUCAUUCCCAAUCAGCCAGGACUUUCAUUUCCUGCCACAGUCCAAUUCGAAGAAUUCAAAUAAAGCAUUUGCUUUUUGACCAGUACUUCCUGUGCAGGCGUGAUUCAAUGAUAGUUGGAUUCGUUUGCUCUUGUCUCGACUGUCUGCACUUGAAAUUAAACCUGCAUUGUUGGUAUUGGUUAUUAAGUAGUCUGGUUGUGCUUCCAAUUCUACAAAAGUAUCAUCAUUUUCCCAUCAUAAUUCACCUUUUCAUUCAGGUAGAUAGGAUGCACAUCAUGGGCAUCCCUGUGGUCAUUCCCUUACUCUAAGUAAUCAGCAGGAAGUAUGAUUGUGAUUUGUAUGCUGUACUGCAGUCUCAUCGUAUGGUCUCGCUGAGUUCUGGUGAAAUUUUCCUAAUGAAUGAGGCAGCUUUGCAGAAAAGCUGUAUGUGAUCUCAUAGAUUGUGAGUUCUCUUUUAAAUAUUAUUACUCCGUCAUUAUAGCAUUUUGAGUUUUGCUGUAAAUUUGCUUUCUUAUUAGUUUAUAUUUUUAGAGGGGGAGCUGAUGUUAUCUGUUAGCUACUGGAUGUGCUAAAGCCCAAUUAAACAGCAGGCAUGUUUAAGAAGUUUGAAAAUGAACGAGAAAUAAAUCCAAUGACAAAGAUUAUUUAGAUAUAAAUUAACUGGACAACAAACUUUUUAAUUCUUAUCCUUUAAUAAACCAGACUUUCAAGAGUGGCUGUCAGAUCUAGAUCAAUAGGUGCAAAGAAAAGUUGCCCUCCCCAUAUCAAAUUCUGAGGCCCAGUUGUGGUAUCCUCCCUCUACAACUGUUCCCUGGAGUGCAUUUCAGUCAGUGAUGUUCUGUGAAACAAAUUUCUGCUGCUCUAGAUGGAUUUAUUUCCCCUCAAUUGAACAUUUUCUCAUAGUAUACAUUGUACUGAGUUUUACAAUGAGAUGCACUCUUAACAGGGGUAGAGAUACGUAUGUGAUGGCCUGGUUUCUGUUUUUUGAUCGGCUUAAUAGGAUUCAGAUACAAUGCCUUUGUUAAGAUGUACUAAUCUUAUCUAAUGAUGAUCACCUUCAUGAAUGGCUGUUUUCAGAGUGAAGACUCUAGCAAUAUACAUGUGAGGAAAUGCAACAUUCCUUCUAUUUAAAUUACACCACACCUUUUCUUUUUCAAGUGGGAGGGAAUUUGUAUUUACUUUCCCAAACAAUUUAGUUAAAUUCUGAUUUGAGUUAUGUUCUAUCAAAUUGAUGAAUGUUUCUUGUCUCCCUGAGAAUUAGUAUUGCUGUACAUAAAUAUGAUUCAGAAGCUGCAAAUAACUGGAACUGUGUUAAUUCUGGUAAUGCCACAAAAACAAAGGAAAGUUUCUUCCAACCUCUAAAUGUGAGUAUGGGUCAGCAUCAAACCUUUCAACAGCCAUGCAAUCAAACGCAGGCUGUGCAAAUUUACUGGCUAUUCACCAUUUAUGGCAUAUUUCUAAAUUACCAUUUAAGCAUGAAUGAUUUCCAGGGCAAAGUACAACUUCACUAAAAUUGACUCCAGGAUUCUGAAUAUUAGCAACUGAUAGAUUUGAUAUUUAGAAAAAUCUAUAAAUAAUGUUUUAUUGCUCUGGCUGUAGUACCUCUGGGCCCUUGUAAAAUAUGGUAUUACCCAUUUCUAUUGAUUUUUGAGUUUCAAACGCAGAUAAAUGGUUACAAAAGGCCCUUUUGUUCCUUUGGAAGUGUUAAGUGAUAUGUAAGCAGAGCUAUAAUUUAAUCUGCUUUUAUAUAUCACUUAACAGAGUUUUUCAAAGCAACAGUAUAGGUGCUUGUGAUUCAUAAAAGUCUCACUUAAAUCAGGAUGAACCCAACUCAGCAAAUUACAGUACUUUAAUUCUGGCAUGGUGGUGGUUGCUCUGAACAGAAUGAUGACUCAAUAAAUGGAACUAUGGUCUCGAACGACAAUUCCUGGUGCAAUACUUUGUGCAAUGCUGACUGUUGCUGUUCAGACCUGUUAAAUACAACAUUGCACACAAAGCAGCAGCAAUCAUUGGCAUGCUGACUCCAUCAUGGUUGAGUGGUUGUCUUUCUGGCAUUGCAGUUAAAACUUCCUGGGUUUCAGAAGCUGUACAGCAGUUUAGCAAUGCCUGCUUCUUGCCAGAAUUAAAAGCUAAAUGUGUCAGACUUCAUUUGGAUGUAUGGAAUUUUGUUUCACAAAACAUAUUGACUGCUGAAUCUUACAGGAAGAGUCAUGAAAUUUUUCAGUUGCUUCUCUUCUCCUCCCCACCCCCACCCCCACCAUUGAUGUCACUGCAAUGCAUGAAGCUGAUAAUCCAUUCAAAUUAGGUCAAAAUUCAGUAACUGAUAAUAAGUAAAAGUUAUCCCAAUGCAGAAACUCUCAUGGAUUAUGUUUAAAUUGUUGAUCAGAUAUAGGUGAUCAGAUUGUCACAGGUUUCCUUCCUUAUGCAUGGUGUUCUUAUGCCUCUCUCUGUUCUCUUCUGCCCCCAAAAAUCUGCUCAUUGAGAACUUUUUUGAAAUACUUCUCCGUGAUGAAAUUAAACAGCAGGGGAAAAGAAUGUUUUAAAAACAGCUGAUCAUUUGUGUCUAAUAUGUUUGAAAAAAAAAGCUUCUAAUGGUGCCUAUUGCUGUUUAAAAAUUGUAUGUGUGCAUUUGUUCAGGUUGUGACCAAAUGUAUUUUUAAAGGGAGAAAGAAUUUAUUUUUAAAUUGUGCAUGACUCUCCAGUAUUGAUCUUGUAAAUGAAAAGUAAUGAAUCUCAGUAACUUUACAAUCACAAUUGCAACUCUUUCACUCAGCGAAUGAUAUCACCACUUUUAUCCUGGCCAUGGUGGGGUUGAUUUUUGUCAGCUAUUGUGGAUAGUUAGGUAACAUGGACUUCAGAAUUACCACCAGCACUUCCAUAGAAUAAAUCCUGUCUAAUGAAUAGAAGUUGUUGUUAAAACACUGCAAAUCACACAGUGACGAGGUAUAGAAACCCCAAUAUGGUUUAAUUGCUGAGUGAAAAUGUAGAUCAAGGCUGCCCUUUUUACUGCAGUCAAGUAAUUCAUAAUGUUGGAUAUGUGUAUAUAGCUUAAAGGAAGUGGCAUCGAAGUUUUGUUAAAAGCUUUUAUUCAUUUUGGCACAGUAUUUUUUUUUAACUAGGAUCUUAAUUGCAUGUUAGGUGCAAAUCUCCUUUGUGCCUUGAUGUGGUCGAAACGUAAAAGUACUAAUUUUAUAAAUGUCGUGUGAGAGAGCAGCCAUAAAAUGUAAACUUUUUUUUUCUACUGUUGAGCAUUCAACACCUGGUAGCAGUAAAGUGCUUAACCAAAUUUUGAAUACAUUUGUGGAGAUCAAUCUGGUAUUGUUUUCAUUGCCUUUAUCUCCCUGUUGUAUUCUACAGUCCCAUCUACAGUCGUGUCAAAAUAUGUUGCAAAUGCAAUACACAAAUAAUAAGUAGUUAUCUAAUUUGAGUCUUCACUAGAAGCUGCCCAGGCUUAUGACCGAUGGUGUCUAAUCCAGAACCAGGAAAUGGCAUACUGAUCCACAGCCGAGUAUGUUUCACCAUAGCACAACACAUGAUAAGGGCUGAUCAGGUCUGAAUCCUCUGCAUAAUGUCAAAAGAGUUGGCCAACGAACAUAAACAAUUGAGACUGGAUUAUCCAGGCCGUGUACACCACAAUUCCUGAACUAACAGUCAUUAUGGAACCUGGGGAAUCAUAAAUGUCAAGAAGAAACCAGAAUACUCAAGUUGCAAGUUUCCAGUGCUACCUGGCUAGAUGUUGUGCAGUUAGAUGUGUCAGGUAAACUUGUGACAGAAACCAAACCAGGAGUUGUUUCACUGCCAUUAACUUGCCCCUGGAUUUUCUUCAAGAUUAAUUAAAACUCCUGCUGUUUUACUAGUACUUAAAUUUGCAUUCCAUUUUUGUUAAGUGAGCAUUUGUUAACAGGCAAGAAACAUUAAAAUUGUCAGUAACCUCCCAUCUCAUUGUUCUGCUUUAGAGUUGCUACUGAAAUUAUGAGAUCUGCACACCACAUAAACUCUUAUGUUGUUACUGCAGUAAUGAACUCAAGUAAUUUUUGUAACACUGAUAUCCAUUUUAGUAUUGAGCCUGUGUCUUUCAAACCAGAAUUUGAACUGUCCAGCUCAACAAAUAUCAAUCCACCUUGUCCAACAUUAAUAAAUAAUCCACAUGAUAGAGAGAUCUUGGAAAUGGUCUAAUUCUUAAGCAUUACAACGGUGUUGUGUCAGUACAUUGUAACUUCUUUGUCAAUGUACCUCCCAAGUAUUGUCUUUUUCAUUAUAAUCUAGGCUAAGUUGGUGUGAAGGGACUCCUAUAAUUUCUUAACGUUGAAUGAAACUGAAAUAAAUUGUCUUGUAAGUGUGUCAUGUUUUCACUGAACAUGAGUUUAAGACUGGGGUCAAAAAAAUGUUGACAUUCUCAUCAGUGCAAAGUUGCAUUUGGUGACUGCUCCCUUUUCUUGUGUUGUCCAAGGUGAUAAUUGUCAUAUUUUGUGUCUAAUUUUUAAAUAAAGAUUAUUCGUAACAA